UGAAAUAGCAGAGAUCCCCUGUUCUUGUUGUUCCCCACAAGACACGGCGAGCGAAUCGUCCAACCUGAGGUCCUCCCGUACGUCCAUUCCAAGAACCAAAAUUCAAGAACAAGAACCAAAAUUCAGUCAGGCGCGCUCUCUCUCUCUCUCUCCCUCAGUCUCUCCAUACUCCCAAAACCAAAAUUCAAGAACAAGAACAUCAAGAGAUCGAAACCAAUGGCGUCGGAGGUGGCGGCGGCGCUGGUGCCGGACGGCGUGCUGAGCGUGCGCGUGAUCUGGGGCGUGAACCUGGUCCAGCGCGACGCCGACGGCAGCGACCCUUACGUCGUCCUCCACCUCGACUCCCAGAAGCUCAAGACCAGCGUCGUCAGGAACACCAUCAACCCCGUCUGGAACGAGGACCUCACCCUCGCCGUCAAGGACCCCUCCACCCCAAUCAAGCUCGAGGUGUAUGACAAGGACAGGAUGAGCAAGGACGACGCGAUGGGGACGGCGGAGGUGGAGCUGGAGCCGUUGCUGCAGAUGGCGAGGAUGGAUCUGGAGGACAUCAAGAGCGGCACCGUGGUGCGCACCGUGAGGCCGCAUUCCAAGAGCUGCCUCGCCGACGAGAGCCAGAUCGUUUGGGAGGAAGGCCAGGUGUUGCAGGAGGUGCUGGUCAGGCUCAAGGACGUCGACACCGGGAUCGUCCAGCUCCAGCUCCGGUGGGUCAAGAUCCCUGCCGCCGCCGCCUAGCCGGAAUUCAUCCAUCCUUGAUUAAUCUUUUUUUAUUGAUCGCCCUGAUCAGGAGGAUGUGUCCAUCAGUCUGAGUGUUUUGAUUUUGAUUCCUGUGUUGGUUCUUCGUUAAGUAAUUUAUGCGUUGAUUUGAUUUUUUCGCUGUGUAAUGUGUAUACGUGAAUGCAUUUUAGCCAAAUAUGUGUAACUUACUAAUUUUUGUUGGAUAAAGAACCAACCUCUCCAUUAAUUUGUUAUUUAUGA